UCGGUGUAAAUAGAAGAUCUCGAGAUUAUCUGUACUCACUAUGAAAACCCACUAGUCCACCUCUAAAUCACAAGUCCACUAGAGGAGACAGAGAGAGAGAGAGAGAGAAAAGAUGGCGAGAUUCACGGUGUUGAUUGCGGCAGCAGUACUUGCUUUUCUAGUGGCAGCGCCGGUGCCGGAAGUGACGGCAAAGAAGUAUUUAGUUGGCGACAAAAAGUUUUGGAAUCCAAACAUCGACUAUACCACCUGGGUUCAGGGAAAGCAUUUCUACCUUGGAGAUUGGCUCUAUUUCGUGUACUACAGAGACCAACACAACAUUCUUGAAGUAAACAAGACCGACUACGAGAGAUGUAUCUCCGACCAUCCGAUCCGAAACUAUACACGUGGAGCUGGGAGAGACAUUGUCCCUCUCAAUGUCACCAAACAGUACUAUCUACUUGACGGAAGGGGUGGUUGUUUUAAAGGCAUGAAGCUCACUGUUACAGUCGAGAACCUUCCUCCUCCACCAAAAUCUGCACCUGUCAAAGAGCACUAGAUCAGUUUCACAUGACAAGAGUUUAAAAACAUCAGUUGAUUGUUUGCCUCUCUUGUCGUGAUAUUCAUUUCCGUGGAUGAUCUUGUUUCAUGAUUUGUUGUGUUUUGUUGCUAUGGUUUACUUUCUUUUUGUUUUAGCAUAAGACGUGAAUUUCAAACGCCUAAAAAUAUGGAUCUACCUAUUAUAAUGAUAUUUCUUGCUGGUUUGUUUA